AUGCUUGCAUUCAAGAAGUUGGUUCCCCGUAAGAAUCAGAAAAAGGAGCAGGAUCCUGGACAAGAUGGUCCAAGUCAGGAUGCCCUGGGUAGGAGUAACAAGGAGGGAACUUGGUCGUCGUCUACUUUGAAUGAUCCGACCCAUGGAAAUAGCGCGGGAUCCCAAACACGUUACAUGGGAUUUGGUAUUGGAGGAGCAGGAAAUAUCCGAAAGGUGAAUGUGCAAAAUGGCCAGGUGGUGAAUCAAUAA